AGCAAAAAGACACACCAUCUAUUACGGACACUACUGCCCUUCCAACCCUUACACCUACUGGCACUACUACAAUUCAUUCAUCAGCAUCACCAACGGGAUCGCGCACUGGAUCGACUCCGGAGUAUCUUGAUGAGAUCAAUUACCUAUUCUUGGACCGCUAA